AUGGCAUCGACUGAGGAUUCUAGCCAAGGCAGAGCUCCAGAGGAAAGCGUGUCAGAGCCGCUGGCCUUAGCGCCUCGAAAUGUGGUCAAAUUUGAAGAAGCAGAGAUGCCUUCACUAGACCAUAUGACAUUGUUUUCUGAUGGAGUGUAUUGUUGUCAGUAUUUGAAUUGCGAAUGGAAAACAGGUGAAGAUAAGAAACAUCUUCUAAGGAAACACGCUCGGAGACACGUCAAACCUGUCAAAUGUCCACAAGCUUUCUGUGAUUAUCGUACAGCUGAACAAACGGAUAUGCGCCGACAUGUCGUAGCACAUCAUAAGCCUUGGGCUAGAGAACAUCUGGAGAUCAUAGAAGAGUUUACUUGCGACAAAUGUGGCUCGUCUUGUACACGCAACGAUAAUCUCCAAAGGCACCGGCAGAGGACCUGCAAGGGGUAG